AAGGAAGAAAACUUUCUUCUAGGGUUUACCGUAAACUUCUGAGCUGUCCCUCUAGAAUGGAGAAACCUGGUGGCUUCUUCAUCCCCAAGAAAAGCAACAAAGAAUCAUCAUGGGAAGAGCUAGCCUUCGCGGAAGACGAUGCCGCCGGAUCUUUGUGGCCGCCAAGAUCUUACGCGUGUAGCUUUUGCCGGAGAGAGUUUAGAUCGGCUCAAGCCCUCGGUGGCCACAUGAACGUUCACCGAAGAGACAGAGCACGGCUUAAGCAAUCUGACGAUCAAUACUUAUUUUCCAAGUCUUCUUCGUCUCCGGAGCAUCCAUCUCAUAAAAACAGUGAAACCUCUUGCUAUACUUUGGUUUUUAACUCCAAACCUAAUCAUUUUAAGUCUCAACACUCCCGUGCUAUUGAUCUUCCAUCUUCUCCUUCUUCUUUAUUAUAUCUGCCUCCUUCUAGGGUUUCUUCCGGUUUGCCUCAAAAACAAGAUACGUCCUCUUCUUCUCCAAACGCUAUAGAACCUUCUAACAAUUCUGAAAAUAUUCUCUCUUCUUCCCCAUGGUCGUGCCCGGAUACUUUCGUGAAGAAAAAGCGUUGUGAUCUUUACGAAACUCCGGUUAUAGAAGGAAGCAAGAAGAGAAAGAUCGAGAGAGAUGUGCCAAAGAACGGGGAUACAGCAAAUGUUAAUCUUGGAAACACCACUGAUCUCUCACUGAGAAUGAAUGUCGAGAUCCACGAGGGUUAUCCGAUUACUGCUCAAGUGAGCGAUAAAGAGACGGGGAGGGGUGGUAGCCUUAAGAGAAGACGAAUGCGUGAGAGUUCAUCGCAGCCGUCGAUUUUCGUUUCAAGUUUAUCUUGUAAGAGUGCCAUAAUUACAAGAAACGAGGAGAUCAAACAUAAGGGUGGUCACUUUGAGGAUUUAGAUCUUGAGCUUAGGCUAGGGGCUGAUCCACCAAAGGGAAAUUGAUUGAUGGAUAUCAUCCAAAAAAGUACGAGGCAGGGAAAAAAGUUAUAUACAAAAUGCAAAAUUUGUAUGGGAAUAUGUGUAUGUGUGUUACUUGGGUUUAUCUUUCCUUAGGUUUGCAUUGUCUAAAAUGUAUGGAUAUAUACAGAUUUUGGAGAGUUUCUUUCUAUUAUUUUGAGAAAUUUUAUGAAAAUAACAGUUCAAUGGAAUAAUAAAAAGUUAUAGGGAGUAUCAAGUAAUAUCAGAAUGUAAAGCACUGGAAGCUUGCAUAUAUAUAUCGUUAUAGGGAGUAUCAAGUAAUACACUACUUUCUCGUACUUAAAUAUUUUCGUAGCAUUUCUCAUAGUUAUAUUGGCAGAAUACAUCACAUUAUAGUUACAAUUCAAGAUAAUUCUCUCGCCAAUGAAUCAUAUACAAAGCUAAUUAUAACAUACCAAAAGAUCAUUCAUUUAUCAAAUAGUAUGACGUUGAGAUAUCAAUUCACAGAAGAUUAGUUGACGGGGUCACUGACGGGCCAAUUAAUUUAUGGUUCAGUAUUUUUUUUGUUGGUAAAGCUUCAGUUAUGAUAAGUUAUUUAUAUGAAAUUAACAUAGGAACUCGGCAGCAAUUUAUAUAUGCGUUCAUAUAAAUACUUUACAAUUGACGGUCUAUGACCACGAUUACGUGAUUAGAAUUGUAACCACGAUCUAAGAUAAAGUCACAUGAUGAAGGAAUAUUUCUGUCACGAUUUCAGAGAGAGACAGAGAAUGAUGAAUAAUUGUCCCAUAGAUCUUAGUUUCCUAAUCUAUUAAUUUAUAUAGGGUUUCCGAUGGCUCUAAUGUGAAUAUGAUUUAUAUCUAUAGUUUGCGUGUAUUUUGGAUUUUCUGAAAAAAUAAUUAUUCGGCUUAUAUAUUUCAAUACUAGUUCAUAGAGAAAAUAAAGAAAAUCACAUAUAUGCGCAGUCAAAAUGUUGGUGUUAUCUGUUAUCCACUUAUCCUAUUCUUGCAUCAACUAACCGUGAGAGUUGCGAUCAAAGUAACUCUGGAUCAAUUAUAUCGCUGACCUAUUUUUAGUUGCAGCGGCAACAAACAUCAAGGAGAAAGGACGCUGAAAUUAUGUCCGACACAAGCGUCUCGUUUUUUGUCUUUCCGGCAAUUCAGUAGCCUACCGUAACUUUUGAUUCUGCUAUUUUGGUUUCCGUCGUAGUCUAAUUUUUGGCCGCUGCCGCUAAACUCUGUGUUUAUGAAAAGAACAGCCUUUAUGUAACCACGGUAAUCAUGAAUUAUAUGUUUAAACGUCCUAAUUAGCUCGUUUCCACGUACAAGCGCACGCAUCUCAGUCCGGAACAUGUCAUUCUGUCAAAAUCAUAAAAAUAAGCAUAAGAAAGAGCACCAAAAUCCAAAUAUGUCCCAACACUUAUUCCCUUUCGCCUGUUCUGUCUCAGCAGAUUAUUAAUAAGAAUCAAAUUAAAUUAAUAAACUAUUUGUAUCUGCCCUAACUUUUUAGCCCGUGGGUCAUCAUCGUCUACUUAAUUAGGCAUAUAGUAUUUCAUAAACUUUAAAAUCUUUUUGUAAUUUUUAAGCAAGCAUAUCUCUUCAACCCCCUCCCCAACAAUCCAUUGAAAAUGGUAAAUAUAAUUCUUUUUAUAAUUAAAAGAUGAUCCGGAUUUUUAAGUUUAACAUCCGACGAUUUUCAGUUAGAUACACACUUUAGAGUUUAUGUUUCUAUAAUAAAUGGUCGUUUCUCUAUACUAUACAUUGCAUAGGUGGAAGUGAAGUCUUCGAUUAGGGGCAGAGCAUUCACAUGGGGAAUGAAUCUCUGUAACUCACAUCGAAUAGUUAAAUUAUUAUUUAAAAUAUGACAAAUUGGCAAUUCUCAAUAUCUAAUUAUCUAUAUAAUAUGUGAAGAGAAUUUUUGUUUGGAUUCUAAGAAUUAGUGUCACGGAAUUUUGGAUGAUUCUUAUAGAAUAAUAUAGUCCAGAAUACUCUACGAAUGGUCUCAAAAUACAAUUGUCAUUAAUUAUUUAAUAUACAACAUUUCCACACAGUCGAACCAAAAGUCGUGACACAUGAAGUAAUAAUCAAGUUAAUUAGUCCACCAUUUGAAGAUAUAUUGUUGAUUAAGAGUAAUUUUUUCAAAUUCAAUUUUCGUGUUUGAUUAUUUUAAAAUAUGCAGUACAUAAAAUUAAAUGGUACGAAAUCAAGUUUUGAUUCCAAAAUUGUAAGCAUUUUAAAAUGAGUAACUAAUAUAUAGAAAAAAAUUCAAUAUCUAAAUUACUAAAACCCUUCUCCAAUGGAUAAAUUUUAAUUUCUUAAUUGGAAUGAGGAAAUCCUAACAUCAUGUUUUAGUUUUAUUUUAUUUAAAGGUAAACAACUAUCUUACAUAAAAAUUUGUGUUACUUUGGAAAUAAAUUGUUUUAUUAACUUUAGAAUAAUAACAUUAUUAAAUUCUUUAAAAUUCUUAUUGCCUAUAGAAUCACAGGAAGCAUUAAUUAUUAUUAUUUUUGGUUUGACAACUAGAUAUCGUUAAGAUGUGCCUAAACAAGUUGACCUUCGCAUCUUUGAGCUUCCACUAAAGAAAAUGGUAGCCUAUGCAACCUAUUAAUUAUGCAUCUAGGUUCUAACUGGUAACCACAAAAGGAAUAGAAAGAAUAGGAAAAAAGGAAUGAAAGAGAAUAAAAUAAAAGGAAAAUCUAUUCCUCUCCUAUUUUGUCAAGGAAUAAUUGUAGUCUUUUAUUCCUUAAAUCUUAAGGAAUGUUAAGGAAUCAUAAGUAACAAAUAUUCCUUGUAAAUGGUGAAAAUUGUAAGGAAUGCUAAGGAAUUAGCUAUUCCCACUCAUUCCCUUUGUCACCAUUUGGAGCCAUGUCACCGCCAGUUCCCGUCUUCGACACUUCCCUCUGACAUCAAAGAAGAAGAACUUACAAAGACCAAUACAAUUCGUAUAUAAAAACAUCACCAAUUAAAUUAUGCAUAUACAUGAAAUUAAACCUCGUUCGCCACCUAACCAACUAACCAUGUAUUAAUUAUUGGUUCAUAUCACGAGUUUCUCAUAUUACUAUGAGAUUUUUUUUUUCGAAUGUGAGAUUACUUACACAACACUUCAAAAAUCAUUUAUCUCGAUUAAAUUCACUAUAUAAUCAAUUUUGUUUUGGCAACUCACUAUAUAAUCAAUUUUAUUUAUGUUUUUGAAUACCAAUUGACGCAUGGAUAAACACUAAUGCGGUGGAUGGUAGUAGUACGUAGUGAUCUAAAUCACAUAGUAUUUAAAACAAAGCAACAAGAUUAAAGAUCUAUAAAAAACAGAAAAUUCGAAAUCGGAUAAAUUAACAUUUAAAAUGACAUUACAUAAAGACAGGGUUCAUAAGCAUUUGUAUUUUCUUCUUGCCCCAUUACAGGUAUUUGUAAUUGACAUGAUUUGGUAAUAUGAGAUGAUUUUUGAGUUUCACAUGGUUUACUUUGAUAAAAUUAGAUAAUUUGAGAUUCACAUGGUUCAAGACAACCCCUGCAUUAUUAAUAUCUAUUAUUUCCUAGUUCUUUUUUUCAAAGUUCUUUUUGUACAACUUUUUUUUGUAUGAUCAUGUAUAGAAUUGCAGCACGAUCAGUAGUUGUCCGCUAGUCCAGUCGACAUAUAUGAUAUAUGUGUUCCAAAUAUUUAACAAGUAGACUUAGAAUCAUAACUAAAAUAUAAUUUGUAUUACAGAGAAAAACUAAAAUAUAUUACACACAAGUACAUAUGUAAGCAAAAGUUCCACAGGGGAUCCUGACAACAAGAAAAGGCCAAACAAAUUUGGUUGGUCCGCUUUACCAAUCUGGUGUAUUACAUUUUAUUCUCAAUUAUAAAUCACAGUUGUCCACGAGUGAGAUAAUGUAAAGAUUAUAUAUGACAUACAAGUUUCUUGAGAUAUUAAAAUGAGCUAGUUCUCUCAACUUGGUUCAUCUUAUCAUGAAUUAGAGUAUUUUAUAGCCUACCUUAACUCAGCUUAUUUAGUAUAUAAAUUUGUAUCCAUUAAUUCGAACUCUAAUCAUCUAAUCUCAUUCUCAUCGUAAGUUAAAUGAGUUAUCUCGCAAAUUCAUAAUAAGAAUAUUAUUAAAAAUAAAAUAAAAUGUGAAUUUCUUAUAAAGAAAAUCCUAAAGUUAUAUCUAAAAAAUUAAUAAAUUCACCUUAUUGCUAAAAAUAUUCAUAUACCCAAUAAUAUAUGUAUUUAUAAUUUAUAUAAAUUAACAUUUAUAUUUUGCAUAUACAUAAUUAAUAGAUGUUUGUCUGCACAUGCGAGUAUAAUCUUCUUAAAAAUAUUAAUUAGUUUAAGUCAAACCAGUACGAUAAGUUAUUGUUUAUGUCUUAAAAAAAAUCAAACAUCAAAUUAUUUAUAUUUGAUAAAGUUUUUCAUUAAAAACAAAUAAUUAAAACAUUUAAAAAAAUAUCUUUAUAUAAAUUUUUUUGCUUGAUUAGUAUUUCAUUAUAAAUUGUUGUAUAUCUUAAUUUAAAAUUUUUAUAACAGAAGACAUUAUUUCAAGAUAACAACAAAAUAUAUAAGAAUUGUCUUAUUUUAAAAUAUGAUUUAUUAAUAUAAAAUUCGUUUUAAUUAUAUAAUAUAUGAAUUAUGUUCUUUUAAAAAAUAUAUGAUAUUAUUAAUAUAAAUUCGUUUUUAAUUAUAGUAUAUAUAUAUAUAUAUUCAUUAAGGGUAAUAAUAACAUUAAUCAGUUUAACUUUUAACGUAAGAGCUCGAAUGCGAAAAAUUAAUUCACAAAUAAUAGUAUAGAUAUAACAUUCGCAAAUAAUAGUAUAGAUGUGGAAAAUCCCUUAAUCCAACGGUUCCACUAAGGAUUCAGUAAUGUUUUUAUACCAAAAUGUGUGGGGUUUAAAUCCCAAAAAAUCAACAUUAUUCAGAUUAUGAGGAAAUGAUGUUACAAAAAAUCACCAGUAUAGUGCAUGGCAUACCAUUGUAAUAACAUAAUUAACUAAACAUUAAAAAUAAUAUAAUAAUAAUAAUAAUAUAGACAUAGCGUAUGGUAACCGAAUAACUCUUCUGAGACGUGAGACCUAACUACAAAUUUAUUCACACAUUAUACGUGGGAUGUAAGAAUACUGUAAAGAAUACUGUAAUAUAAAUUUAUAAAACUCCUAAUAACAUAUGAAGUCAGUCGCACCAUCACCCUCAGCACAAUUACAACCGUGGCUCGUAAUUUUGGGUCUCUCAACUUAAAGUAUGUAAAGGUCUACGUAUAUAUCCAUUUGUUAUUAUUAUUAUUAUUAUUAUUUUUUUAUCUCAUAUCAACUUUAAAUUUACCAACACAAGAUACACAAGGUUAUGACCUCUACAGACUUGAAACCAAAAUAGGACCGUCUCAAUUAUUUUUUAGACCCUGUUCAAAAAUAUUAACGAUAUAUUUAAAGCAUAAUAAAAUAGCUUUAGAAAUUAAUAGUUCUAUUUAUAUAUGUUUAACGUUUUUUUUUUAUAAAUUAUAAACUCUAAAUUAGUCAGUAUUGUAUUUAAACUUUGAAGUUUUAGACUAUAAUUUAUGUAUAUAUUGUUAAAAAAAAUUUAAAAUUUUUAUUUUUAUAUUUGGACCCUGUUUAACCGCUCUACAUUCACAUGCUAUUAAACGGCCCUGAACCAAAUAGAUUACAGCUAUCUAGUAUUGCCCUAAGUCACUUGAUUGGACUUAACACUACUUGGCCAAAGCUAACAAUGUAUUUUUUUAGAGCACCCACAACAACAAAUCCUUAACAACAAAUCCUUAACAACAACUUUUGGAAUAUUUUUUUUCUUCUUUUUCGUCGGAAUUAAAAAAAAAAAAGAUUGGCCAAUCGCGGACUCCCACACGGCAGUGGAACCCGCACACAGUAAAUAGACUGUCAGAAAAGAGAUUCGUAAAUUGGGCCCCAUAUAUUAUUAUAAUAAUUUAUUGUUAAGGAUUUGUUGUUGUGGGUGCUCUUACCACACCGAGAAUGAAUCCAUCCGACAAUCUCCAGUCGCAUCUCUUCUCUUCCCGUUAGCACCGCCUCAGCAGGAGGAAACAGCCGAGGUAAUGGAGUUGUCUGACCUGGUUCACGUGCCACCGCCGUGAAAGUAUAACCCUAGAUCUGAAAAGGGGAAAACUUGAUCUUGUUAUACCUUCGGUCCUAAACGCAGACUCUCCUCUUCUUGACUUCUCCAUAGUCUCGUUGUCUCUCCAAACGAAAUCAAUGGACGACUCCGACAGAUCUACAUCGUUCUGAGGAACGGACCACCACUGCAGCAAAGAAGAAGACAUAUUGACUAGGGAUUAGAGCAGGAAGAGGAAAUCAAAUGAAAAAGAGGGAAUAGUAAGAGGAAUAUCUAAUUGUUACGGCCGCCUUUGUUGUCGCUCUCUCUCUCUCUCUCUUUCGCGGGUUUUUUUAAAUCUAAUUCUUUUAAAUGGGAAAUUAGGCCUACUAACCAUACAAAAAACAUAAGAUCACUAACUAACCAAAAUCUCUCCCUCCUUCCUACUUUCUCUUCUUAUCUCUUUCUCUUUUUUCUCAACAAAUUUAAUUUCUAUUCUUUUUUUUAUUUGGUAAAUAAGCCUCUUUUAUAUAUCCAUUUGUUAUUGAUUCUGAACAACUGAAUAUUAUUACUCACAGUGGCGGAGGCAGCUUGUGGGGAGGGGGGUCACUUGACCCCUAUGAAUUUCAGGUUUUUAGAAAAAUUACUUGUAUUUUGAAGAAACAAAAUUGUUUAAUGCCGUAAAAUUGAUUUAUUGACCCCCGUAACUUUUUUUUUCCCGAGUAACUUGACCCUAUGAUUUAUUUUCUUAAUACUACCAUUUUGAUAAUGUGGGUAAAUGUCCACUACUUUAAUAGUUUUUUUUUUUUGAGAAAUGACAUUCUAAUUAUAACUUUAAUAAUCAUUUCCAUAUUUUCCUUACGUUUUAAUUUGUUUGAUUGUCUUUCCAUUUUUUCCAGCUGUCUAACAUUUAUAUUUCAGUAAAAAAAGUAAACGUUUUGCAUUUUCCAUAACAUAUUCUUAUUUUAUUCUUCAUUAUAUUUUUGUCUUUAACCAUUUUAGAUAUUAUAGAGUUCCAAUGAAUAGAAAAUACUAUUUUGUAAGUUAAUAUUUGAAUAAAUAUAAACUCAAAUAAUUUUAAUUUAUUUAAUAAAUUUAUUUUUUUAUUAAUUAAUUAAAUAAAUUUUAUAUCAUUUAUAUUCUGUUAUAAAAAAAAAUUGACCCCGGUCAAAUUAAUGUCUUGCUCCGCCACUGGUAAAUUACUCACCAUGCGUGGUCCAAUGGAAUAAGAUGGGUGUGCAACAGCUUAGGGUGCAUCAUUUUUGUGUAGUUAAACAUUGGUCCAUCACUCGGUACGUAAUCAUAUUACAAGAGUAUUUGGGUUAGAAAAAAAGGCCAUGAUCUCUAGAAAGUUACCAGGAAUAAUAUAUUUCAUCAACUAUAAUAAAUGAGUAUAGUUGAAUAUGGACUUUCUCGACUUUUUAUCGCAACAGAUAAAUAUAGAUUCUGAGUUAUUUCCACUAAACUCUACUCGUAAAGCAUAAUAUAUUUCUAAAGAUCCAAAGUAAAAUUUACCCCGCACUAUAAUUUCAAACACAUGUAAAACCUAAUACACAAAGUUAUACGCCCCUUAUAUCUCAUUAAGAGGUGCAGAGUCAAGUCUACGUAACAGCAUUAUUAUUUAGUUUAUAAAAAAAAAAAGUUAAACGCCCACAAAUCCAAAACUAUGGCCAUCUUCGAUCUGUUUAAGCUCCGCCACAAGCCACCUUCUAUUUUCCCAACAACAACUCUUAAGCCAUAUGCAUCUUUUUUUUUUUUAACUGAGCCAUAUGCAUCUUCAUCUCCGUUGUUAUGAUGUUCUUUUACAUCAUCUUAUCCGGUUGUUCCGAUUGCAACCGCUUUGCCGAACACCGCAGUUUUGGCCGUGACAAUGUGAUCUCUACUACCAAUUCCUCCUCUUCAUCAUCAGCCAGCGUUCCAAAUAAUCAGUCGUCGGAAGCCAUCUCCCACAUAUUUUUCGGGAUUGGUGGCUCUAGCUACUCAGAGCGUGCCAAGAGUUUUUGAUGCCCUAAGCCAAACAUAAUACUAUGUUAACGAUUGUUCUUUAAAGACAAGGAACUUGGGGGCCUUGGGUUCAAAGAUAUUGAAAAGUUCAAUCAAGCUUUGUUAGCGAAACAGGCGUGGAGAAUAUGGUCUAAACCGAAUUCCUUGGUAGCUCGGAUCUUACAACGUCUUUACUUCCCGUGAUCUUCAUUCCCUGAUUGCAGCCUUGGGUCCCGGCCUUCCUAUGCUUGGCGCAACAUCAUGCAUGGAAGAGAUUUACUCUCUCAAGGUUUGGUUAAGAAGAUAGGUAAUGAAGAAUCUGUCAAAGUUUGGACUGAUAACUGGAUUAUUGAUGGGUUUACGCGCCCUCCGCAUUAUCAUCAGGGUGCAGUUGUAGAUUUGACUCUUGACGGUUAGCGACCUCAACGACACUCAAACUGGUGGUUGGAACGUUCCUAUUGUUCGUGCACUGGUCUAUUAGGAGAAUGUUGGUAGGGUUCUUAAUGUGAAGUGUAACAUGGCUUCGACAGAUCGUCUGGAAUGGGGCUUCUCAAAGAAUGGGGUUUACAAUUCCAAGAGUGGGAAUAACUUUGUUGCUAUGGAGAACACACCUUAGCAACCAUCUCCCUCGCCAGCCAUGGCUCCAUUGGAAAGAAAGCUAUGGAGGGAUCUCUGGAAAACUAAAACAACCCCCAAGAUUAGACAUUUCAUGUGGAGAGCCUUAUCAGGUGCUCUAGCAGUGAAGAAGGGGCUACGUUCUCGUGGAAUCCAGCUCGACACUACUUGCUCACGUUGCGGAAGUGCCACAUAAACAAUCUGCUAUGUGGAUGACAAAAAAAAAAAAAAAACAAUCUGCUAUGUGUUAUUCAAUUGUGAAGUUGCUAAAGAAUCUUGGGAGUUAUCACAAAUCCCAUUACCUCCUGGUGGUUUUUCAAGAAGUUCUGUCUGACUCAACUUCUUUCACUUCCUAUCAAUCAGUAAGAACUCCUCAUCUGACAAUUCGGCACGACUCUCAUUUCCAUGGCUCUUAUGGCACAUAUGGAAAGCUCGCAAUGCCUUCUGUUAUGAAAGAUUUCAAUCUAAUGGUUCUUCUGUCUUCGUUAGAGCAACCGAGGAGGCUAGUACGUGGAUUAAUCUGCAACUCCAACCGUCAGACUCCCUCAUCAUUCCUCCCCACAUCAUUGGCAGAAACCCCCCGCAGGCUAUUUGAAGUGCAAUAUAGCCUCCUCUUGGAUUGAUCCAAACCAAAAUCAUGGAUCUUAUUGGAUUGUUAGAGACUCUUAUGGUAUACAUGAGUUCCAUAGUAGAAGAGCGUUUGUUCCUAUUUACUCAGAGGUGGAGGCAGGUUUAUCUACAUUCAAGUGGUCUUUGGAAGCACUUCAUGAUCUCAAGGUUAAGAGAGUGAUUAUUGAAACUUCUUCUCGGGUGAUAUGGGAUGCUAUCUCAUCUCCUAGGCGGUAUCCUAACCUAUCUCUUGAGAUUUCAAAACUUUUUCGAUUGAUGCAUAGCUUUGACCAAUGCCAAGUGGUACUGGUACCUUUUAAUGUCAAUGGUAUUGCGGAAGACAUUGCUGUAAGUGUUACCAGAGAUCGUCUUUAUCAAUCUUAUAUAGCUAGAGGUGGCCCUAGUUGGCUAUCUACUACGAUAAGAUCCCAAGCUGGACAAUAAAAGCUAAGUUACUGGACUCUAGUGUUUCAAAAAAAAAAAAAAAGUUACUGGACUCUCUCCCUGAAGACUUUCUGUUCAUCGGAGCGUCAAGGGUUUUAUUCUUUGCCUUCUCGUGAGGGUUUUGCUAUUUUUAAUACAUCUACUGAUGGUGUUGUUUUAUUUUGAGUUUAAACUCUACUUUGGUUGUGGCCCUAGCCGUUUGGCUUAAACUUUGAAUGAAUUAUUCACCGACAAAAAAAAAACUUAUAAUUCUGAUUUGUAUGUUGAAAUGAAUCUUCAUCUUACAUUAGUAGGCAAAAAAUGCUAUCAAAAGAAGGCUUGCUAAAUUGUAUUCACAAAAUUAAUUAUUUUCCUGUCAUAUGAGUAAAAAUAUACAUCUAGUAUUAUUCAAAACUGUACAUAGGGUCUUAAGACUUACCUAAUUAUACAAUAUAUGACCUAUGGAACUUGGUUGGGAAUGGGUCUUUUGUCGAAAUAGAGUGGAGUGACCUUCUUUUUUAUUUGAAUUUAGAUAUAUAUAUCUAUUUCUUUUUUUUACAUAUAGUAUUUUUACCGGUCGAAUCAGCAUAUUUUUCGAAGCCCCGUAACGACCUACAACAUGGUUUCCUCUAUAGUGUUGCUGUUAUAUCAUCAUCAGGCAAUAACUUUAUACAAUACAGAUUGUUGAGAAACGACUUUAAUAAGUUAAGUUACAUGCAGAAGGUGAGAGAUGUAAUAAGAAAAGAAGAAUAUAUGAUGGCAACUACCAAUUUCCAAACGGAAUGUCUAUGAUUAACUGAUCAUCCCAACUCUGCCCAAAACAUCCAUUAUUGUGAGGUAUAUUUCAAAUUCUAAACAGUUGUUUAUAUACUACUAGCUAGGGGCGUUUCUGUGCUACGCGCAGGAUUGUUGAUAAUUAUUUUUCAUGAAAAAUGUUUGUAUUUUAUUUUUAUGUGUGCUAUUUUACCAUUAUAAAGCCAUUUUUAUUAAAGGUGAUAAUAUACUAUCAGUAACUGUUACAAUUAGAAAGUCACUAAAUUAGUUUUAAAAAGUCAAAAAAUUUAUAUUUAAAUAAUAUUAUUUUUUAAAAUAUGUCAAAUGUUAAAUCAUAUGCAAACCGAAGAAUGAAUGGUUAAUAAUAUAAUAUGAUAUAUCAAUAUGGUUUUUUUGUAUUUUUUUGUCCAAAACCUAGCAAUUAUUGGUUACAAUAUCACAAUAGCUAUGUUUUCUAUUUUAUGUCAAUAAGCUUACUAAGUAAAUUCACUCUAGUAUUAUUUAAAACUAAAUUUAUUAUUUGGACAACGAAAAUCUGGGGCAAACAUAUGUUUUUGUUUUUUAUUUUUAUUUUUUAUUUUAGAAUUGUUUUACUUUUUAUAUGCCCUAUUUUGCUACGAUCACUUAUAAUAUAAUAUUAUAUGUUUUUUUUUUAAAUUUAGUCGAAUGUUAAAUAUAAUGCAGACAAAAGAAUGUUUAGUUAAUAAAAUAAUAUGGUGUAUUUUUUAUUAGUUUUCGUUAAAAUCUAGUCAAUUAUUGGUUAUAAUAUCACAGUAGAUAAGUUUGUGAAUAUCUUAUAUAUUUGUACAGCGUAUUAACUAAUAUCUCAGAAUUGGUGUACACAAAACACCGGACUCCUAUAAAACGAAGAUAUAAAACGAAGGCCCCAAUUUCUAUGGAAAAUUAGCUCCUUCAAUUUUUAACAAGAAACCAUUUCCAGACAUGGGUACUAGACUCUUUACAUAUAACUAGAGACUUCAACUGGGUCUGACGACCAUAGGUUAACCCCGUCCAAAUUAAAAUGGUCUUGAUAUAGUCAGAUCCAAACGAUUUGGACAAUCGUAGUCCAAAUAGGCUAAAACCAAAUUUAACCAAAAAUUUAUGGACCAAAACCUUUUAGACAUGUGCGUCCAAUAAACCUAAAAAUUUAGGAUUUUAUAAAUUAAGAAAAAAAUAGAAAAACAAAAUCACAAAAAAAAAAACAAGUUUUCCGGCCAAAGUUGCAAAAUCAUAUUUUCCGGCUAAAA